AUGGCCCGAUUCGGAGGCUCGACCUCGCUCGCCGCGACCUUGAUCAUCCUGUUCAGUUUCUUUGCUUCGGUCUUGGCAGCUACGGAAACUGUCUACAUCACCGGCUCAGAUAAAGAUGGCAACAGCAAGCAGCUCGCGGUCAAUCGCAAUCCUGGACUGUUUACGGGCGAUUUUGGCGACUGUCUGGGAGGACAAAGUUUGUUCAACAUUACGAAAUUCGAUGCCGCCUACUAUGCCGACAACAUGACCGUCCAGUUCCAUUUGGACGGGACCACCAAUAUUAGGAACGAAUCAUUGAUGAAUGGCGAGACGAGAUUCGAGAUGAACUUUAACCCCUGCAUGGCCAACAUCGCUAGUCUGUGCCCUCUGAACGCCAGCAAGCCCAUCACUGCAUUUGCAGAGUUCAGACUCACGCCUGCUCAGAUCGACGGCAUUCCUUCCAUCGCCCUCGAUAUUCCCGAUUUCGAAGGUUCUGCGCGCAUCCAGAUCUUUGCAAACUCGAGUCAGACGCAGAUAGGAUGUUUCCAAGCCGUCAUGCGGAACGGCAACAGCUUCUCCCACCCAGCCGCUAUUUCGUCGAUACUGGGCGUGUUCACGCUCGCCGCUAUCCUGGCUUCUGCAGCAACCGCCAUGUAUGGUGUUAGCAUGCCUCAUAUCAGGACCCACUAUGCCCAUUCUCUGUCAGUCCUGGUCAUCUUCGAGACUUAUCAGACCGUUUUCUUCUCGGGUGCCUUGUCCGUCGACUGGCCUAGCGUCCUGCCCGCCUGGUGGAGCAACUUCGGAUGGGCCGCUGGCAUGAUAUACAGCGAGAAGGUAAUCAACUCGAUCGACGGUUUCGCCGGCGUGACUGGUAAUGCCAGCCAGGUAGGCGGUGCAGGGUCGACCGUUAUCAACACCGGGGGUGGCCUCGUCCAGCAAAUCUAUGGCCGCUCGCUCGACACUUUCGCGACGUCUAGCGAUGGAGCGUCCGUUCCGACUCUCGUGCAGCGAGCGACUAGGGCUUACAACACGAGCAAUCCAUACGAAUACUACUGGGCGGGAGGCCCCGUCGCUCCGGGCAUGCCUACGCCAGGCAAGUGGAUUGGGUUCGCCGGAGACCUUUCUGCCCUCGGCAUUCCGGCCGCCGAUGCCUUCACACUUGGUCUUAUCUGGUGGUUGGUGGCCAUCGGACUAGUCGCCGUCUCCAUCGUUGCGUUCAAGUUCAUGCUCGACUUGCUUGCUCGGACAAAGCUGAUCAAGCAGGAUCGCUUCUUGUACUUCCGCAAUCACCUGGGCGGAUAUCUGGCAGUUGGAGUCCUGCGCACGUUACUCGUUUCGUUCUCCUCCCUGAUGACCCUGGCGCUGUUCCAGUUCAAUAUUCGCGCACCGGCUGGCCCGACAGCCAUCGCGGCGAUUAUCUUCAUUAUCUUGCUCAUUGGCGUUGGCGGCCUUGUAGCUUACGCAUGUUUCUUCCGUCUCCGCCUCGGCAAGUAUGAAAUGGGCCCCGAUACGAUCAUGUUCGAACAGGGCAAACUCUUUGGCUCAAUACCAGCGGUUGCAACAACGCGUGCCAGCGAAAUUGGCGAGAAGGAAACCACCGCCAAACGAUACGGUUCCAUGCCGUUCUUCAAGAUCCGAUUCAUUGACGACGACCCAAACCGGACAACGGUCCACCAAGACGAGGUUUACAUCAAGCGUUUUGGUUGGCUGUCGGCUCGUUAUCGCCGGACCAGAUGGUGGUUCUUCGCCUGCUGGCUAAGCUACCAGUUCAUUCGGGCCUGCUUUAUUGGUGGCGGAGCACGAAGCCCCCUUGCCCAGGUUUAUGGAUUAUUCGUCUUUGAGAUUAUCGCUUUCAUCGUCUUUGUCAAACUGAACCCCUUCGAAGGCCAGAGAAACACUUCCUUGGCAAUCUGGAUGCUGGGCAUCACCAAGAUUGUCACUGCAGGAUUUUCUAUUGCCUUCUUACCGGCAUUCGCCAUUGGCCGCAUCCUCUCGACGGUUUUCGGCAUUAUCAUCAUUGUUGUCCAAGGAUUUCUUGUUGUUGCCGUUUUGAUUCUUAUUGUCCUAGGCGUCAUAUCAUCAUGGAUGUCGCUUUACCGAAAUCGCGAACAGUUCCCCGAAGUGCUGGAUGGAAUUCGCAUCAAGUACUAUGAGCAUAUCCAGGCUAGAGCUACCGACCUUCCGCCGCCACCGAAACCAGAGUCGAAGACCGAAGAGCCUCGGGAGCCACCGCAGCCAUAUUUCUCGGUCAACAGCGUUCGCCGGACUCGCAAGAUUGAGGAUGACGACGAGGAGGACCAGGUUGGAGAUAUCAUUCGGCCAGCUAAUGCUUCAGUGGUACAAUUUGCGCCAGGUACUACCACCACCCGACGAACACGAACAGAUAGUGUCAGCUCGCGCUACUCUGUUGGUAGCUUGCCGCGCCGCGCCAGACCACACCGCACCUCAUGGAGUUCAGCUGAUUUUGCUGAAUGGGAUGCCAACAAUAAUGCGGAUAGGCCCGGAUCAUCGCUCGCACACCGUAGCAGCUUCGGUCAUCAGCGCAAAGUGUCACACUCUGGAUCGCAACCCGACCUCGGACGCUCCGCCAACAACUCACCGGCGCCUGCAAGAUCCGUGUCAAUGACGAACAACGAAUUACGCCGUCUCAUGACUCCCACCGAGGAGCUUCCAGAGGAGAGUGUAAUGACACCCGGGAGCAUGGCCGAGCCUGAGACCAGCACCAAACACACUGAUACCGCUAUUUCCCCCAUCCACGAAAAGGACGAGCAUGAAGUAAGGGGGGAGAAUGUCUCUCCUGUUGAGGAAAAACACCAAAAGUCUUGA